GGAAAAUGACAAAGACCUUACAAUCUUCCUGAUAGGAAGUUCAAAAUUUCCAAUCCUUUGAAGGGGCCUUGGAGCAGGUUUGCCUGCGUCGUUCUCGAGUGAACUGCUUCACUCAAGCUAUUGCUCUCUCACAACCACCUUGAGUGGUCGCCUCUGUGAUUGUGCACCUCUCUUCAAUAAGAGCUUUGACAAACUGAGCUGAAGAAACAGUUUCUCGGGAAGUGCAAUCUGUUUAGCGAACCAAAUGAGCCGUGCUAGGAAGCACGUAUCGGCCCGGGCACUGGGUGAAUGUCCGGAGCUGGGGCCAAACGAGCGAAUCAUGCGGGUGGUAGCACCACGAGGGAGCAACCUGAUUGAAGUGGAAGAUCCAGCUGGAAAAAGCACGCUCGCUCUCUUGCCUGCAAAGUUCCAAAAGAUGCUCUGGGUUCGUCGAGGGAGUUUUGUGAUGGUGGACGAAGCUGACCGGGAACGAGCGGAAGAAAGUGGGGGGAAGGUCACAGGCACCAUAUCGUGUGUCCUCUUUCCAGACCAUGUUCGCGAGCUGAGGAAACGGGGCAGCUGGCCGGCAGCUUUUGACACGCUGGGGGCGGAGGAAAUGUGUGAUGCUUCGGAGCAGACGGUUUUAGAAAGGGCGACACAUGCAUUGGGACAAACAAGUCUAGAGAGGACAGCUGAGGCAACCAGCCUCGAAGAAAAGGAUGCACUAAACAGCGAGAAUGUUAGAGGAACCAGGGCAGAGUCAGAGCCUGAUUCUGAGGGGAGUGACGAUGAGGGGCGAGCGCCAUUAGAACGAAACCCCAACCAUGGCAAUAGACCAGGAGACGACUGGCAGAGUUCGUCUGAAGAGUCGGAUGAUGAGAAGGAAGACGAAUUGCGAAAGCUGCCUAGCACAGCACUAAGGACGUCGAGAUAAUGCUCCGUUAUAUUGAGUCCUUUGGCCAUCGGAUCAAUCAGAGAAAUGUGUCUCUUUUGCUGGUACACAUGCAUUGAAGUCAUUCAAUCUCAGUGCCUAUCCAACAGGGCACUCAUCAACAAGACAACGCUCAACUGACUAUUGGAAGC